UUACGGCAAUGUGGCAACAUCACCGAGGAAGUGAGGGAAAGGCAAUAAAGAAAGAACUGUUUUCGUUUUCGCUGUUGUCGGCGUGUGAGAGGAAUCCCCUCCGUAUGCGAAAUCGUCUUAUCGGCUCGUCUAAGUGCUUCAGCCGAGCCGAUUUUACAAGCCACAUUUAAACUGGGUUUGGAAAUUCCUUUUGACCCCCCCCUCUCCCCCCGGCUUUCUAAGUUAAAUUUAAGAAAGCUAGCUAAAAGUAGCCAUCAGCCGGGUAAGCGACGCCCGUCCGCCGCGGGUUUUGGUGACAGAUUAAAGCCCGACGCUGCGAUGCUGGUGACCGUUUUCUGCGCCCCGAGGGACCGCUCGGAGAUCACCUUCUCCCUGGACGUGUCUCCCGAGCUGGAACUGCGGGACUUCAUAGCUCUGUGCGAGCUGGAGUCGGGGAUCCCGGCUGGGGAGAUCCAGAUCUCCUACGCGGAGCAGCCCCUCCAGGACCCCACGCGUGCCCUGGGGGCUUAUGGCCUGAAGGAUGGGGACGUGGUUGUGCUCAGGCAGGCGGAGAGGCGGCCGCCAGCCCAGCCUGCCUUUCCAGGGCUCCCCCGCAUCGACUUCAGCUCCAUCGCCGUGCCGGGCACCUCCUCCGCCCAGCCCCCACCUUCACAGCCGCAGCAGCCAGACCCAAGCCUGCAGCCGCGAUCUCCGACCCAGGCCCUAGACCCCACUCUCAUGGGUUCCGCCUCCUCGCCACAGGGAUUGGACAAUCCGUCCCUCCUGCGCGACAUGCUAUUGGCUAAUCCUCAUGAACUGUCCCUCCUGAAGGAGAGGAACCCGCCAUUGGCCGACGCCCUGCUGAGUGGAGACCUAGAGCGUUUCUCGAAGGUGCUGGUAGAGCAGCAGCAGGAGCGAUCGCGACGCGAGCAAGAGAGGAUACGGCUACUCACCUCUGACCCUUUCGACUUGGAGGCACAGGCCAAAAUAGAGGAAGAUAUCAGGCGGCACAACAUCGAGGAGAACAUGACGAUCGCCAUGGAGGAAGCUCCCGAGAGCUUUGGCCAGGUGGUCAUGCUCUACAUCAACUGCAAGGUCAACGGGCACCCGGUCAAAGCCUUUGUGGACUCUGGAGCCCAGAUGACAAUCAUGAGCCAGGCCUGCGCUGAGCGCUGUAACAUCAUGCGGCUGGUGGACCGGCGCUGGGCGGGCAUAGCGAAGGGCGUCGGCACGCAGAAGAUCAUCGGCAGGGUACACCUGGCCCAGGUGCAGAUUGAGGGUGACUUUCUGCCAUGUUCCUUCUCCAUCCUGGAGGACCAGCCCAUGGACAUGCUGCUGGGUUUGGACAUGCUCAAGAGGCACCAGUGCUCCAUUGACCUGAAGAAGAGCGUGCUCCUCAUCGGCACCACGGGCUCGGAGACGCGCUUCUUGCCCGAGGCGGAGCUGCCCGAGUGUGCCCGGCUGGCGUAUGGCGCCGAGACGCGGCCGGAGGAGAUCGCCGACCGCGAGCUGGCGGAGGUGCUGCAGAGAUCCGCGCAGGAGAGCGACGUUGAAGAUGGACGAACUACCUCACAGCAGUCCUGGCCCUGGUCCUUGCCGAACCAAAAUGACGAAAUUCCAGUGUCCACCUCUCCCUUGGACCACUCCCGAUUCCCUGCCCUGGACCGUUCCAAGUCUGCCCCCGCCCUCCUGCGCCCCCCCCUGUCAGAGGCAGCGCCGAUGUCGGUGCCCAGCCCCAGCCUGUCUCAAUUUCAGGGUCUCACUGAGCCUGUGCCCACACCUUUGGUGCCAGCACAGGCUACCGUUUCCCCGUGCCACCCCCCUGGCUGCGACUCCCCAGACCCCCCCAUGUGUGCCAGUCCUGAGGGCGAGCCCUCGAGUCACUCAAACUCAGGGAAUGUCCAGUGUGGAGCACCCACAGCCAUGGAGGUCAAUGCCACCACCGUUGCUACGGAAGAGGAAGCAGAGUCCAUCCCACUCUCCCUUAUUGGCUGCCCUAAUGUUAGCCCCGCCCCACCGCCAGAACUAGUCCAAGAUUGCCUUCCUGAUGCUACAAAGACUCAGCCGCUUGUUUCACUGGAAUCUCCUCCUGAGCAGGAGGAUUCGGAGGCAGUCAGUCCCCAGCAUCCACUUCUGCUUUCCCUUGAUGCCAAACCGCCUCCUGACACUCCUGCUGGCACCCCCGAGUUGUGUUCCACACCUGGCACCCCAGUGGCGGAAAUCGCGGACUUGCACGCGGUUACCGCAAAAGCUUCUCAGCCGGAGAGAGACCAGCCGGAGGGUGAAAGGCAGCCUGGCUCGGACGGCAUGCCCUCCCUGGCUGCUGCCUUAAUGGAACUGCACGAGCUUCUGGUAUCCAACCGCCGUACCCUGUCCCGGGAACAUAGUCCUAUCCCCUCACCGACCUACAGGGAAGAUGCUGAUGGGGUAGAUGAGGGUAAUUUCCCCGGGUCCCUUGAAUCGGCCUGGGAACCGACUAAUCUCGUCUCUGGUGCUAUUGCCAUGACCACGAUGGAGACCGGUGCAGCCAAAUCUGAGAGCCUUCUCAAUCCCAACUUAUCUUCUCUUACUCCCGUGUCUGUGGACUCUACUGGGCAAGUGGAGAACCUGGGAAAAGAGCUGCCAGAGGAGUGGGAAGGAGAGCAGGAGGUGAGGUGCCUGGACGCGAUGGGAGAAAGUGAGGAGGCCUUCAGUGUGGAGGAGGAGAUAAGGGAGCCGGAGCCUGGGCCAGGCAUGGAUCUGCUGCCUCCGCUGAAUCUGGAGAGCAUGGAUGUCCGACAGGCCCCUGAGGGCCUCCAGGGCAGAGGCAUUGCAGAUGGGAGAGCGGCUGGUCCAGAAGCCUCUGAUCUCUCACACUUCGGAAUGGAGGUGUCGGCCGUAGACGAGCUCUCUCCUCCCAUGUUCUCCCCGUGUCAUACCUUCCCUUCCGGCAAUGUCUCCGAUCCCUCGACCGCAGCUCCUGCUUCUCCUCCUCCUAUCUCCCUGGAAGAUGCUCCUCCUCAGCCUCCUUUCCCGCUUCCUCUUAUUCCUUCCCUAUCUCCAUCUCCUCCUCCUCUGCUCCUUCCCACCCCCUCAGUUGUUCCCUCUCCCCCACCUCCUGCCAUGGAGAGAUUCCCAAUAGCGCACAUCCAAAGGAUCCAGGAGGCUGGGUUCUCGGCCGGGGAGGCUGCUGAAGCUCUGGAGCUGGCCCAGGGAAUCGUGGAGCUGGCCUUGCUGGUGCUGCUGGCUCGUAAGAUCACUGUGCCCACAUAGAUUCUUGACACCCACCCCCCAAGAAGAACCCUGUGAAACCACACCCCUGCAUUAGUCCAGACCUUAAGCCGUGGUUUGGACCAGGCCCAAGCCUUCCCGUCCACUCAACAGUAUAAACUAAAUACAAGCUCGGAGUUUUUAAUGGACAGUGUUAUGGAUAGAAGAGAAACACGAUCUGUGGUUUUUUUAUACUAUGAUGUUUUGAAGAUUGCAUGUUGAGUUAAAUGACGUCAUCGAACAGGUAACUUUUUAGGAAGAUUUGGUCAGGCGUUUGGAUUCUCGUUCUGUCUUUAUGCAUCUUGCACAGGACAGCUCGCAUUUUCCCUUUUCUAAUAAAAAUUCUGCCCGUUGCAAAGGCGGAGUCGACAAUGAGCUGAUAGGUCAGCAGAUCUUAGAGUGGAUGUUUCAUAACGCAAAGUGAAAAACCAACAUGAAACGAUACGGAGGGAUUUUUUUAGUAAUUCUAACGUUAGCGUAUUUAGCGAGAUUAAGCGAGGCAGAGCAGUGGUUUACAUGUGUCAUUCUGCGCUGCGGCACGAUGUUUUUUGGUUUUUUUUUGUAAUUCCCCCCACUUUGUAAAAGUGCACAGAGAACAUUUGCCUGUUCACACGCCGCCCUUCAUCCCAACCCUAAGGAUCCUCAAAACUACUCAAUUCAUGUUCCAUAAAGAAGUGCAUUGUCCUGCUCCACCAAACGCCUUUUCGCUCUCCAGAAUGGGCCCUGUAUCCCGAGCUGAGAAUAUGCUAAAUCCUCCGAGACGACUGCUGAAUACGCCACAGGCUGAAGCGAAUGAUCACAUGCAAACUGGAAAUUCGUGUCAAAGCAUUCGUCAUAUUCCAGUCUGUACUGGCAUACCCCUCUUCGUGUGUCCCACAGUGGCCGCUGAGAAAGCCCUGUUUGGCAGACAUGUCUUUCACUUUUAACGAGUUUAAAAGCUCCCACUCCCUCCCCCGCAUGUACCUAAUAGGCUCUAAUGCAUGAGGUGGCGAGAGACACUGAGGAGAUGAUGGAAGCUGCAGGCUGAGCUGGUGCUGUGGGAUCAUUUUCCUAAUCUUUCCUUCCCUUGCCUAUAAAUCCUGCGAUUAUCUGUGAUCAUUUUGUCGCUCAUUAUCAGUCAGUCAUUCAGGCAGAUACUGUCAGUUCUUCACAAUCAUAGACUGCUUGGGGAAUGCUGCAAUAUUUGAUGCAGACAGAAUUUUUUUUAAAAUCUAUUUUGCAAAAAAGAAGAAAUGCAGCCUUUCGUUCUAGUUUCUCAUUUAUACCUUAAUUAUUACAAUUUUACCUUAUUUGAAUUGAAGUAGGUGUGAGGUAUGCAGAUAAAUUCCUGUUUGUUGGACAUUGGACAGUUUUCCUUGGAUUGGACUUGUGGGUAGUUAAGCCAAUAUUUGUUUUUUUUAACCUCGAUUUCGGUCUUUUUCAGUUCAGGUUCAAUCUCUGUUCACUUUCUUAAGAUGCCCAAUCCAGCUGUUACUGCAUUUUCUCAUUCACCAUUUUAUCCUUAGGAUAUUCAUUUUUUUUUCUUAAAUGUAUGUACUACAACAUUCAGGCUGUAUGGGGUUUUUCAGUUUGAUCUUGUACACAUGAUAAAAGAAAUUAAUAAAAUGGGUUCUUUAUAUUUUA